AUGCAGUUACGUUCUGAUUUAAAUGUUCCAUAUGUUAUUAAUUCAAAUAAAAUUGAAUAUAUCGAUUCACCCACAAACGGUGUUCAACGACGUAUGCUUGAUCGAAUAGGAGAUGAAGUAGCACGUGCAACAACAAUUGUUAAAUUUGCUCCAAAUAAAUCAUUUCCUCAUCAUAAACAUGGUGGUGGGGAAGAAUUUUUAAUAUUGGAUGGAGUGUUUUCAGAUGAAAUCAGCGGUGAUCAUUCAAAAUAUACCUAUUGUCGACAUGGUAUAGAUACUGAACAUCAUCCAUGGACAAAGGAUGGUUGCGUAUUGUUGGUAAAAUUAAGACAAAUGAACGAUAGAGAUGAGAAAGAUAUUACAUUUAUUGAUGGACAAAAUGCAACAUCAUGGAGAGUAGAUGAAGAAAUUCAAGGACGUUCAAGAUUAGAUUUAUUUUCAAGUGAGAAAACAGGUGAAACUGUUUGGAUGGAAAAAUGGGAACCAAAAACACAAUUUAAAUGGACAGUAGGAGAGGGUGGAGAAGAAUUGUUCAUUUUAGAAGGAGAUAUGAAUUUUUCAAGUCAAGAACAAAAAGAGAACAGUAAUAACAAUACUAUUCAUUCAGAUGAAAAUACACCAAAUCUUGAUGUUAAUAAUAAUUGUUGUAUCGCUAAUUACUGGAUACGUCGACCAAUAUCAUGGAAAGGAAGAGAAUUCAAUGUAUGGACAGAGAAUGGAUGUAGAAUAUUUGUAAAAACCGGACAUUUGGCAAUGAAGUUAGAUAUUCAUUAG